AUGGAUUUGUGUUUUCCAGAUUGCUUGUCUCUAUCUGGCCCCAGCAAGGUGACAGGAACUGUAGGGGAAACUCUAACUGUGCAGUGUUUCUAUGAAAAAGACUACAAGGAGAAAACCAAAUAUUGGUGCAAAAAACUAAUAUUAUUUUCAUGUAACAAAAUUGCUACUUCAACACCCAAUGCAAUGGGGCGAGUGUCUGUGAGAGACUAUCCUGAAAACCAAACAUUCAUAGUAACCAUGGAAAACCUCACUGAAGCUGAUGAAGGAGACUACUUGUGUGGAAUUGACAUCUUUGGGUUGGAUUCCACAAACGAAAUCACUGUAUUGGUUGUUCCAGCACCCACAGUGGUCCCAAAUACAUAUACAACCACAUUACCAACAGAAAUACCAGUAACCAAUGAAACAGAUAGAGAGAAGACCUCAGAAGAGAUUUCUGACCACAUGCCACUUCCAAGAUCUUGGAUUCUCGACAAGCCUGGAAUAUUGCUUUUAGUCCUGGGUUUCUUAAUUAUUCUAUUAGCGGGAGCUUUGUUUUUGACUUGGAGAUUGAUAGCAAGACAGAAAAAAGCUAAUGAGAAAUCCAUGGUGUUCCCAGAUUCUAAUCAGCAGAUGAACAAUGAACCUUUUUAUGCAAAUCUGGAACUACAGGAGAGACACCCAAAUCAAGGCCCACUUUACCAAAACAAUCCAAGUGUAGAAAAUAACACUGUGACCAUUGAUCGAGAACAGUCUAUUACGUAUUCCAUCUUAGCCUUUUCCAUGGACAACCAGAAUACAACUUUGGAGAGGCAAGAGAAUCAAGAUGAGAAAGCAGUGUAUAGCAUAAUAAGAAAGAAAUAA